AUGGAGGUUGACUCCCCUAUUCCUAGGGGCCUACAAUAUCAAGGCCAUCCAAACACCCCUGAUAUGGCUGACAUCAUUGUGGUGGCCAUAGAAAGUUGCAUUGCAGCUGGCCUCCAGCACCGCGGCUCUGCAACUUCCACCCCUCAGAGAGAUGUUUCAGGCUCUAAAUGUGCCAAGAGGGAUAAAGGCCAUUCCUUCCAACUUACUGGGGCUCCAUCUGAUUCCACCUCUCAAACCUCAGCAAAGAAGAUCUCAGGUAUCCCGGCUUCCAAGCCCAUCCAAGCAGCUGACCUGGAUAAGUCCGACAUCACGAAUCCCCUCUUCUCUUGCCCCACGGUAGAAAAAGACAUAGUUCCCUCUCCCAAACUUUUCCUGGAGGUUGUCCAGAAUCAUUCCUUGGUCCUGUCUCCACAGUCGACGGUUUCAGUGGUUCCUGCUUCCCUAUCAGAAGACCAACAGCAGCUGUUUAUCUGUCCAGCNCUGGAGGCCGGCCGGGCCUGCCUGCUGGUGGCCGAGGUCAGCGACGCCUUCGAGCGGCUGGGCAGCCGGCCGCAGAGCCGCGAGAGCAGCCGCCCGCAGAGCCCGUCCUCGGUGGUCUCCCUGGAGGACGGCGCCGGCGCCCUGCUCUACAGCUACCAGCAGGCGGCCCAGGAGUGGAGCGUCCUCACCCGGCUGCCCGACGAGGCCAACGCCAAGGGAUGCGCCAUGUGCGUCCUCUACAACUACCUGUUCUUAGCCGGAGGGAUCUCCAACGCCGGGCCUGGCGAGCAGCGGCCCAAGCUGUCGGACAAGGUCUUUUGCUACAACCCCUUAACUGACACCUGGAGCCAGGUGAAGCCCAUGGGGCAGGCCCGCUCUCAGCUGAAGCUCCUGGCCCUGGACGGGUACCUCUACGCGGUGGGCGGGGAAUGCCUCUUCACGGUGGAGAAGUACGACCCCCGGUCGGACCGGUGGAGCCCCGUGGCCCCUCUGCCCAAGGGGGCCUUUGCCGUGGCUCACGAGGCCACCACCUGCAACGGGGAGAUCUACGUGUCUGGGGGCUCCCUCUUCUACCGGCUGCUCAAGUACGACCCCAAGCGGGACGAGUGGCAGGAGUGUCCUUACAACAGCAGCCGCCGUCGCUCGGCUGACAUGGUGGCCUACAAGAGCUUCAUUUACCGCUUCGACGUGAGCAGCAGCCGCGGGGAGCAAGGCCCGGGCGGAGGCGGAGUGGAAGUCUUCCAGUACAAUACGGUGGCCAAGCACUGGCGUCAGUGCGCUUCCUUUCGCCCCGCCGGCAGCCCCGUCCAACCUUUCCGCUGUGCAGCCUUGGGCAGCACCAUCUAUUGCGUCAACCGGACUGGGAUGUUGAGCUUCAACCUGGCUCAGAACGGCGAGGUGGAAGCAGACGGGGGACUUAAAGGCACCUUUGACACAGAACUGCUCAAAACUCCCUUCGACGCUAAAGGCCUCCUGCUCCCAUUUGUGCUGAUCCUCCCAGAGAAGGAAAAAAUUGGGGAGCCAGAGAGUCCUCUGUCCUUGUGAGAGCUGGCCUGGCGUUCGGGUCACUGCUUAGCAUGCAGUCCGCCCCCUUUAUCUGUGAUGUCAACAACGUAGGGCUUUUACUGAAGCACGGCCGAGGGCUGGCACAAGCUCUUCGGUCUUGGGUGGUGAGGAUGGUUGGGCUCCAAAGGCGAUAGAAGUAGCAGAAGCUAAUCCGAGGUGGAAAGGCAGCAGUAUGUAACAACUCCUUCGAGGGUAUAGAAGCAAAGGGGAGACCAUUGUCAGAAAUGUCUUUAGUUCAUGCAUGCACGCACCAGCGUGGGGGGUUAUUGUGUCCCACCUAAAAGUGUUGGCCAGCUGUUCAAAGGCUUCCUUACUGCACUUCAUGUAGGAAAGAACUCAUCUCUUGGCAUUCAUGUUAACCAGCCAGUGGAAAGCUGCUAAAACAGGUUUAAUUGUUGUGCUGUGUCUGCCUCCCUUUCCAAUCUAGAAAUAUGUUGGAUCUGUGUAAAAACCAGAAAACAACCCAUUUUAAAAAGGAAUUUCAGCUUUCGGCGGUGUUCUUUUGUGCAUCUUUGAAAGGAGAUUCUUCUAGGCACUUUCUGCUUGGUCUUCUUGCUCUUGGCUGCAAGGAAGGAGCCACCGGAGAACUAGGAGCUUGUAAUGUGGGAAGGGAUCAGUAUGCCAUUUUGGAAGUUUUAAUAGCCAAAAAAAAAAAAAAAAGUUCUUGUGUGAAAAAACAAUAGGCCAUCAUCCACCUCAUCAUCUUUUCUUGUUUGCAUUUUUAAGUUUCAUGAGAUCUUUAUGGAAGACAUGCCGUUGCGGAGCCUCAGGAAGUUAAAACAAUUGUGCAUGAUUAACAGAAGCAAAACAUAAGAUUUGAAACAAGUAACGUUUUCUCCCAUUUGCAUCUGUUAGAAAAAGAAGGAAAGUGGGCUGGGGGGGAAGCACCAAUAUAUUCAGUUCUGGGUUUCCUUUUUUUCCCCAUGUUCAACUUUUUAGGCAGGAUCAGAAAUAUAUAUAUUUAGUGU